GAACAUGCGACCUUAUCUGCGCGGGAAAGUGUAGAACAAUCGAAUUGUUUGUAAAUUCGCUUUGGAAGCAGGCUCAAUCCAAAAAAGUUGGGCUAAGGAAGAGUUUUUUUGUUUGUUUUUUUAUAACACGAGUUUGUAUGGAGUGUCGAAGUGGUACGUUUGGACGCUAGAAGCUACCGUUUGGCUGCAACUAGGAUGCAAAGACCAGUGUCCACUCUGCGUCUGAGUCCGCAGGUCAAAGUCAAAGUCCUCAAUGCGGGCUUUCAGAUGCUCGAUGACGUACUGCAAGUCAGCGCAUUAGAGCUCAGUCGAGAGGCGGGCCUGAGCCAGGAGGAGGCGCUGGAGGUGCUCCAGGCCGUGAGGAAGGAGGGAGGAGCAGAUGAAGGAGGAGGAUCAGGAGAUGGAGCUUCUCUCACUGCACUUGACCUUCUGCACAAAGAAGAGGAACUGAAUCGCAUCGUGACAUUUUCCUCGGGACUGGACGCUGCGCUUGGAGGAGGAAUUCCAGUUGGGAAAACCACAGAGAUCUGUGGAGCGCCGGGAGUGGGAAAAACACAACUUUGUCUGCAGCUGGCCGUGGACGUUCAGGUCCCGCCCUGUUUCGGCGGUCUGGGCGGUCAGGUGGUCUUCAUCGACACCGAGGGAAGCUUCAUGGUUCAAAGGGUGGUGGACCUUGCUGCCGCUGCCGUCCGUCAUUGCACCUUGCUGGCUGAGGACGCAGAGCAACGAGAUGCUGCGAGUGCCUUCACUGUGGAAAACGUCCUGUCCAAUAUCUUCCUGGUGCGUUGCCAUGACUACGUGGAGCUCUUAGCCGAGAGCUACCUGCUGCCUGACUUCCUGUCUCGUAACCCGAAGGUCCGCCUCCUGGUGAUUGACAGCGUGGCCUUUCCCUUCCGCCUGCACUUCGACGAGCUGCGGGCUCAGCGGACCCGCCUGCUCAACGGCCUGGCCCAGCAGCUCAUCUCUAUGGCAACCAAACACGACAUGGCAGUGGUCCUGAGCAACCAGAUGACCACACGGCUUCAGGGUGGGCAAUCUCAGCUGGUCCCUGCGCUGGGGGAGAGCUGGGGCCAUGCGCCCACCCUGAGAAUCCUCCUGCGGUGGGCAGGGUCACAAAGGCAGGCCACCAUCUUUAAGUCUCCAGAUAACAAGGAAGCGACAGUUAACUACCAAAUCACCACGGACGGCUUCAGAGACGACGAGGGAACGGAACAGCCGCAGAGUAAACGCCCCCGAACACUCGCCAACCAAUCGGCUGUCUGCUAGAACAAAACACGGCAGCUGUUUGACUGGAGUUGCCAUGUGGGCUUCCCUUGUAUAGAGUCAAUUAGAGAGUAGUGAUAAGUUUUGUCUAUGUUAAAAAAUCCAUAAAUGUUCUACAAAUCACAACAGAAGCUGUCUCGGGGUACUUUACAGAUGGAGCAGGUCUAGGAGCACACUCCUCACGUACUAAAAGACCAACUGAUGCCAAAUUGAGCAUGCAAUGGAGGCAAGGGGAAGAAACCUCGAGUAGACUCAACACGCGGUAAGGGCCAACUGGUUGAGGGUUUGGGGGAGUGGGGUGACAGAGAGGAGAGAGAGUUGCAGUUUUUGGCUGCACCUCUAGAAGCACGGGCACCUAAUACUGGAGGGGGGAAAGAGAGGUUCGUGUCAUAGGGAGAACAUGCCGUAAAGCCUUAACUACUUUCGAAAGACUCUUAAGGGUUGUUUGAAGAUGAGCAGCCACCCACUAUGCAGCUCCAUUGAGUCAUUCUACAUUUCAAGAUGACACUUUUGAAUAAUAAUGUUUGGUAAAUGUAUUGUUUACCAUGGAAGAAUUCAAAUGUACUCAAAUAUAGGAAUACUGCAUACUAUGUUAAAGCUCAUACAUAGUAGAAAUGUAUCGAAUUAUUAAAACAAAAGACAAAAUCAUUUUUGUUAAAUUUUAUUUUAUCAAGUGGGAACAUACAGUAUAUGAUGAUUUUCUGUCUUGUAUCCUCAACUGCCGAAUAUUAUUUUGAAUUAACAAUUUGAAGUUCCAUGAUUUGUCGUCAGUGAUGUUUUUGGCAUGGUAUCAUUUUAGUAUGGUAUCAAGGUACUUUAUGUAGGUUAUAAUUUUGGUGUCGUGACAAAUAUUAUCUUUCCUACCCUUAUCAAAUCUUUGUUGAUACUUGAUAAUUGUGAAAAAAAUAAUUAAAAUGAUCAGUGUCUUCACAUAGAUGACUAUUAAUCAUUAAUAACAUACAAUUAAAGGUAAUUGAGCAAAUUUGUUAUUUGAGGAGUGUG